AUGGAAGCAGCCAACAAGAAUAUCAAGAAGAUCUUGAGAAAGAUGGUCGAAAAUGAUGGGUCAUGGCAUGAGAUAUUACCUUAUGCUUUUCUAGGAUAUCGUACAACAGUUCGAACCUCCACCGGGGCGACUCCCUAUUUGCUUGUUUAUGGGAAUGAAGCUGUGAUACCUGCUGAGGUUGAAAUACCUUCCCUGAGGAUUAUUCAUGAAGCUGGACUAAGUAACGAAGAAUGGGUUUGCGCUCGUUGUGAACAAAUCAUGUUGAUUGAUGAAAAGAGAAUGGUUGUCGUAUGUCAUGGUCAGUCAUAUCAGCACAGGAUGAUUCGUGCUUUCAACAAGAAAGUGAGAGCUCGAACAUUUGAAGUUGGGCAAUUAGUUCUCAAACGCAUACUCCCUCACCAAGAAGAGUACAAGGGUAAGUUUGCUCCAAAUUGGCAAGGUUUUUACAUAGUUCGCAAGGUACUAUCUGGAGGGGCUCUGAUUUUAUCUUAG